CCUCAUACAAUGAUGCAAUGCAUUCUGGUUACAUACCUGCAGCACAUCCAACUAAAACCUCAUACAAUGAUGCAAUGCAUUCUGGUAACAUACCUGCAGCACAUCAAACUAAAACCUCAUACAAUGAUGCAAUGCAUUCUGGUUACAUACCUGCAGCACAUCCAACUAAAACCUCAUACAAUGAUGCAAUGCAUUCUGGUAACAUACCUGCAGCACAUCAAACUAAAACCUCAUACAAUGAUGCAAUGCAUUCUGGUUACAUACCUGCAGCACAUCAAACUAAAACCUCAUACAAUGAUGCAAUGCAUUCUGGUUACAUACCUGCAGCACAUCCAACUAAAACCUCAUACAAUGAUGCAAUGCAUUCUGGUAACAUACCUGCAGCACAUCAAACUAAAACCUCAUACAAUGAUGCAAUGCAUUCUGGUUACAUACCUGCAGCACAUCCAACUAAAACCUCAUACAAUGAUGCAAUGCAUUCUGGUAACAUACCUGCAGCACAUCAAACUAAAACCUCAUACAAUGAUGCAAUGCAUUCUGGUUACAUACCUGCAGCACAUCCAACUAACACCACACAAAGCCAGCCAGACCAGGCAUCAUGGGCACUUUUAAUUUUCUGCCAUAGACCUUCUUUACUCUUCUUCACGAGUUGACGAUGUCUCAUACGUUCCCUGGCAAUGUCCCGAAGCCAAUCAAUUGUGUGGAAAUCAUCGUACUGACCAAUACCUGGGGGAAGAUCAUCUUGUGUGUCCAUAAGAUUUGUAGACCCU